AUGGAGGACCAUCAGCAGGGAAGUUCUCCAUGGCUGCAUGGCACCGGGACCCCAGGGGGCACGGAGCGAAGGGGCACCGGGACCCCAGGGGACACGGAGCAAAGGGGCACCGGGACCCCAGGGGGCACGGAGCGAAGGGGCACCGGGACCCCAGGGGGCACAGAGCGAAGGGGCACCGGCACCCCAGGGGACACGGAGCAAAGGGGCACCGGCACCCCAGGGGGCACAGAGCGAAGGGGCACCGGCACCCCAGGGGGCACGGAGCGAAGGGGCACCGGCACCCCAGGGGGCACGGAGCGAAGGGGCACCGGGACCCCAGGGGGCACGGAGCGAAGGGGCACCGGCACCCCAGGGGGCACGGAGCGAAGGGGCACCGGGACCCCAGGGGGCACGGAGCGAAGGGGCACCGGCACCCCAGGGAGCACGGAGCGAAGGGGCACCGGCACCCCAGGGAGCACGGAGCGAAGGGGCACCCCAGGGGGCACGGAGCGAAGGGGCACCGGGACCCCAGGGGGCACGGAGCGAAGGGGCACCGGCACCCCAGGGAGCACGGAGCGAAGGGGCACCGGGACCCCAGGGAGCACGGAGCGAAGGGGCACCCCAGGGGGCACGGAGCGAAGGGGCACCGGGACCCCAGGGGGCACGGAGCGAAGGGGCACCGGCACCCCAGGGAGCACGGAGCGAAGGGGCACCGGGACCCCAGGGGGCACGGAGCGAAGGGGCACCGGGACCCCAGGGUCAGGGAACAAGGGCUCUGUGGGCACCCAGGGGGCAUCCAAGGAGGGCAGCUGA